ACGCCUGCCCAGUCGCGAGCUGGGACGGAAAGCUGAGGCCGCGUCUUUGUCCGGUCUGGGAGCGGCGCGAGCGCCUGCUUAUGGAGCCCCGGGGCCCGGCGCGCGCCGCGCGGCUCGGGCCGCUGCUGCUGCUACUGCUGCCGCUGCUGUCGCCUCUGUCCGGGCCGGCCGUGUCCGCCCAGAGCGAGGCCGCCGCUUGCUCCCAGAGCAACAAUCGAUCCUGUACUGAGUGCUUGAAGAAUGUCUCGUGCUUCUGGUGCUAUACCAAUAACGCCUGCCUGGACUAUCCCGUCAGGAAGAUCCUGCCGCCCAGCUCGCUGUGCCCGCUGAGUUCUGCCCGUUGGGGCGUGUGCUGGGUUAACUUCCAAGCCCUGAUCAUCGCCAUGUCAGUCGUGGGGGGAGCCCUCCUCCUGGCCAUCACGGUCUGCUGCUGCUGCUGCUGUAGGAAAAGGAAGAACCAAAGGUCAGACAAAGAGGAAGAGCGUGCUGUUAGAGAGAGAGAAGAGAGGAAAGUCCGGCAGGAGGAAAGGAGAGCCGAGAUGAAGUCCAGACAUGAAGAAAUAAGGAAAAAAUACGGGCUGUUUAAAGAACAGAACCCUUACGCCCGAUUUGAGAACAACUAGCCUCGCCAGGGAGCUCCCUGCUGGCCUCCUCCGAGGGGACGUAGGAUAGCACCUGACCAGAAGCCACGUGCACAUCUUCCAUUAAUCUGAUGCUUUCAGUAAAGAGCCUUAUGUGCAAAUGAGACCCUCUUUAAUCCCUGAUGAAUUUUUCUGGCCCCUCUCCUUGGACAGAUGAAUGCUUCUCCAUCCCUAGCAGUGUUCCAGAGGGCAGAGGUUGGAAGCCGUCCUUCCCCUUUGUCCUUUCUGAUCAGCCAAAGCCACAGGAAGGCAGAGGUGGUCACCUUGCCCGCUGCUGCAGCGGUCUUCUCUGCCCAGGAGACACUGCUGCUCUUGGCUGGCCUUUCUUGCCCCCUCCCAAGUCAUCUUCUGCUCGACAUCCUGAGCAUUGCUUUUUAUUUCAAACAGAGGCCUUGGUUUUGGUUGAAAUGUAGUCACCCUUUCCAUUUAAUUCUCCAUGAUCAGACACCCAUUGAAACAUGCACCAUUCUUGAGGGCACUCUGGGAAGUUGUAGUUCACCCCCAAAAGAAGCCACCAUCUGAGGGCUUGAGUUCUUCACUCUUUGGAAGUACAAUGGAAAAGUGGCAUUGGAAAAGGCAACCAGAAUUACAGAAGUUUUUUAGGUUUUUUUGUUUUUUUAUAGGAUCCUUCUGUUUUUAAUAAAUGCAGUUAAAUUUCUUUGGCUCUGGGAGCAGGACCUGAGAACAGCAUCCUGCUUCCUUCGCAGCCCAGGUGACAAAGGGCAGUGCCUCUGUCUGGGCUUACAAAGUGCUGCCUUCAAAACUCUCUCCAGAGGCCUGAGCUCUGCUGCUGGGGUGUGGGCCCAGGCCACCAUUUCCUGCCUGGGGAGCAGAGCUGACCAGGGCCUCAGAGAGGAGAGCAGACCUUUUUCAGCAGGUGAGCAGGGGUUCCCAAGGCCACCAGGCCAUCCCACUACGAGGGCUGGCUUCCAGACCUCUGACUGUGGCGUGUGGGCGGCCGGCGGUCUGAGAAGGAGUAUGCCGGCCUUGCUCCUGACUAUGCUGUUCUCUUCUGGCAGCCUUGAAUCGGCUUCAUCAAGGCUUGAUUGGGCCCGGGAAGGUCGGCAGUGAGAAUUCCACGGGUGCAUUCCCAUUCUGCUGGGGAGUAGGCCGAGAAGGCUUCCCCCCAGAGCUAGCGUGCAGUGUAACCGGCUUUUCAUCUUCAGCAAUGUCGAACGUUAUUCUUGCACUCUUUUUAAAGAAACACUUUUUUGAUGAUGUAAUGGCCUUACUGUGAAUUAACCUCUCUACACUGAAAAUCUUGCCCACUAAGAAGCCAUCUUUGGCUUGAAUCUUUCUUCCAUAAAUAACCCUCAUGCCCUCCCCCCCAAGUGAGGAGCUUCCAGAACAAUGUUGUGAUGAGCUAGCUGCUCAGUGGCCUGUUAGUGACACGGCUGGUCAGAAGUAGUGGCAAGAGGAACUGACUUUAGAGGACCUACCAAGUAUGACUAAUUACUGGCAUGCAUUUAAUCCUUUCUUACCUAGAGGAGCCCAGAUUUUUUAAGUGUAUCUGCUAUAUUUCUAUUUUAUACCAAGACCAGCCUGUAGCCACAGGCUAAUAUCCUCACACUUGUGAGCACCUUAAAUUUUAAGAAUUUCAAAUAAAAAGAUUUAUUGUAA